AGCUUUUGUUAUUAACUACAGCAUUUCUGCCUUUAUGAAUUGUUUGCACCUUGUCUACUGUAGCCUGUACCUUGUCCCUUAAAUCUUAAAGCUCCUCCUUGUUUUAUGGACCAGAAGGCGUGAGACGCUGUUGAAGGCGUUUGUCAAAGUUCAACAUAAGAUUGUAAAAAAAAAAAAAAAAAAAACAGGCUGCACAACAACUUUCGUCAUUCUGAGGGAUGGCACACCACAAGUUCACUCCAUGUGUAAUGUGAAGGAAGAAGCCCAGGCAAGACCGUGCGCGCGCUCUGCUCUGCGUGUCUUGGAGACAGGUACGGCUGCAUUUUACGCGGCAGCGCACACUCACACGCGCACACUCACACGCGCACGGAUAUGUCAUGCUUAUCGAUACAUAAUGCACAACAUCUAGCACACCUUGGUCCGUCUUUAGGACGCGCAUUAGACCUGGAUCAUUUCGGCAUCUACUCGAUCCUUUAGUGUGUGUGUGUGUGUGUGUGUGUGCCAGUUCUGGAGUUGUUCACAAGAAAAAAGGAAACCGCAAGUAUUUUCUUGACUUUCUAUUAAGGACGUACGUUUAAAAAAAGAAAAGAAAAAAAAGUGGAAUAAACUACACCAUGGGUUUAUCCAGAAACGAAACGCUGAGGUCUGAGGAUGAGAUGGAAAAUGAGCCGCCCGGUCCGGAGGUGGUGAUCGUCCCGGUGAUAUUCGGGUGCAUCUUUUUCUUAGGGAUUGUCGGGAACACUUUGGUGAUGGUGGUCAUCGGGAGGAUCAAGUCGAAGCGCUCGAGAAGCACCACCAACAUUUUCAUCCUCAACCUCAGCAUAGCGGACCUCUCCUUCCUGCUCUUCUGCGUGCCCUUCCAGGCCACCAUUUACUCGCUCCCCGAGUGGGUUUUCGGCGCCUUCCUGUGCAAGUUCGUGCACUACGUCUUCACGCUGAGCAUGCUCGUGAGCAUCUUCACGCUCGUCGCCAUGUCCGUGGACCGGUACGUGGCCGUGGUGCUCUCCAAGAAGUCGCCGUGCAUACGCAACCGCAGGAACGCGCUCGCCGGCGUGUGUGUGACCUGGGCGCUGUCGAUCGUCUUCGCCGUGCCCGUGGCGCAGCAUCAGAUCGUGACUAAUUACCAGGACGCCCCGAACAGCUCCUUCUGCUGGGAGAUCUGGCCCGAGCAGGUGCCCAGGCGCACGUACAAAGUGACCAUUCUUAUCACUGGGUAUCUGUUACCGCUGCUUUUGAUCACGUGCUGCUACACCAAGGUAUUAUAUCACCUUCAUAAAAAAAUAAAGAACAUGUCCAAGAAAUCCGAACGCUCAAAGAGAAAGACAGCGCAGACGGUUCUGUUGGUCAUCGCAGCGUUCCUCUUCUGCUGGAUGCCGCACCAUAUCAUAGCCAUGUGGGUGGAAUUUGGAGACUUCCCCCUGACCGAAGCCUCCUUUGCAUUCCGUAUCAUGGCGCACUGCUUGUCCUAUGGAAACUCCUGCGUCAACCCCAUUCUCUACGCCUUCCUCUCUGAGAACUUUCGGAAGGCUUGCCGGCAGGUCUUCACCUGCCAUCUCUUCUACUCGCCGCCACCUGUGAAGAAAAUAGCACGGAUCCGGAUGGAAAAUUUCUCCACCACACACUCCACCACCACCGUGUAAGAGGAACGACUGACGAGCUCUGAAACGCGUCAAGAUGAAACUGAGCAACAAUUUCACCGGAAAGAAGUCUACAGCUCUUAUUCGAUUGAAGCUAAAGCCCUCGCUGCUAUUUAGACUUUAAACACAGCAGUGCAUCUACAGAUUGCUUGAACCCAGGCUGUAAACCACCAGAGCAGAUAGCUUUUGGAAAAGAAACAUUUUCUGAAUAGUUACCUAUUCACAGGUAGCCUUGAGAGACGAAAACACUUUACUUUGUCCAGAGUGGUCCACAGAAGUCGACGCUCUGAUUAUAGAAUUAAAAAACAUCCAUGUUGGUGUUGCUCAGUGAAUAGUGCAGUGUUAACGUUUUUUUUUUGUUUUUUUUUUAGUGAAACUUAAUUUGCGUAUGCUAAUCUGUGAUAUUUGUAUGGCAUAAUUUGCUAAUUGACUUGUUUACAUGGUUAAAUGUAAUGUGUAAUGUGCAGCCUGCAUCCAUCAUCACAAUAAAGAAAUUGACAACGACGUUAACACAAGACCUUUAGAAAUGUUUUCUACAGAUCCACACACUAAUAUAGAUGCAUUUAAAGUUGUAUAAGAGUUUUCUUGUAUAUGGCGGCACA